AUGGAUUUAAAUAUUCAAGAAAACGAUAAUUGGGUACAAUGUGAUAAAUGCGAAAAAUGGAGGAAACUACCUUCAAAUACUGAUAUAAGUAAAUUAACAAACACAUGGUAUUGUAGUUUAAAUGGUGAUACUCGAUAUAAUUCAUGUGAAAUAGAAGAGGAAAUUGUUAUUUCUCCUCAAUAUAAUUUAAACAAUAAUAAUAUUACUACUAACCUUCCCAGUGAAUCAUAUAAAAAUGUGGAUUCAUUAGAGGAUGCUACUAAAUUCGAAAGUGAAUUUUACAGCAAUAAUAAAAAGCAAGUACAUGUGAAUAACAAUAAUGAAAUAAAUAGUUACCAACAUAAUGUUGAAAAUUGUAAACAAAUAAAUAAUAUUCACAAUGAAGAAAAUAUAUCACAAAAUAGUAAUAAUUUAAAUAUAUAUAUAAAUCAAAGAGAUAACACUGUUUUUAAUCAUAAUGAUGGAAAUAACAUUUUAUCAAAUAAUAUAACUUCAUCUAACUAUAAUAAUAAUAAUAAUAAUAAAAAUAAAUAUGAUAUUAAAAAAAAUAAAGAAGAUAAAAAAAAAACAAAAAAUAAAUAUAAUACUAAUAAAAAAGAAUAUAAAAAUGAAAUUCUUUUAAAUAAUACAUCUUUAGAUUUUGGUAAUUAUUCUGGAAAGGGUGUUACCAAAUCCCCUUCCAAAAUUAUCAAAAAAGUAAAUCAUAAAAAAAAGCAAAUAAAUAGUGAACAAAAUAAUGGGUUUAAUAGUGUCAUACAUAAUUAUGAUGAAAAUUUUUAUAAUCAUAAUAAUAACUAUACAAUUAAUAUGCCCUAUUCAAAAUAUAGCAAAAAAAAUAUAAAUAAAUUUAAUAGGAGCAAUAGUGAUGGAGAGAUAUAUAGACAUUUCAAAAGUCGAAUAAAAUUUAAUACCCAAUAUUAUAGUGAUACAAAUAGUGAUUGUCAUUUUAAAAAGAAUAUAAGAAUGCAUAAAAAAAAUGAUAACAAUAAUAAUUCAUCAUCUUAUUCAUCUAUGCAUUCUAUUGUCAACAAUAUAUUAAAGAAAAAACAAAAAGCAAGGAAACAAUCAAAUAAUAAAAACAAAAAUGAAAAAGACUUGAUAACAUUAUUAAAUAGUAGUAAUCCACAUAAAAAUUCAAAUGAUCUAUUAAAAGAAAAUAAAAACCAUAAAAAAAAAAAUAACAAAUAUAAUAUAAGUGAUGAAGGCGAAUUCGAUGAUACAAAAAUAAAAAAAAAUAAAAAAUUAAAAGAAAUUAGUCAUAUAAAAAAUGAAAUAAAUCUAAAUGAAAUAUAUGAUAAAAAUAGUUUUGAUAAUAAAGAUGUUUCGAUUUUUCAAAAUACUUGUAAAGAUGAAACUGGUAAUAUUAUAGAUGAAAAUAAUUCAAAAGAAACUAAUAAAUAUAUUCAUAAUAUGAAUAAAAUAAAAAAUUAUAUUUCAAAAAAAAAUGAAAUAAAUUCAGAAAAAAAAAAAAAUCAUGAUAUAAAAACAAAUCACUCUAAUUUUAACCAAAAUAAGGCCAACAAAAAUGAAAAAAAUAUCAAUGCCGCUAUACAUAACGAAACGAAUUUAAAUUCAAAUAGUUAUAAUCCUGAAACAGUAUUAAUUAAUAAAGACCAUAUGAGUGAUGAUAAUAAAAACGAUUCAGAAAAAAAUAACAACCCAUUAAAUAAUGUAGUAAAUUGGGUACAAUGUGAAAAUUGCAAAAAAUGGAGAAAAGUUGAUGCACAUGUUAAUGUUACCAAAUUACCAGAUGAAUGGUAUUGUUCAUUAAACUUUUGGAAUAAAUAUAAUAAUUGUGAUGCCGAAGAAGAAAUAUAUAUAGAAGAUAAUCUUAGUCAUAAAAAUAUAAAUAAUUUAGAAAAAAAUCAAGAUGAUAAUAUUCUCAAUAAUUUUCCCAAAGACAAAAGUGAUAAACAUUCAAAACAAGGGAAAACUAAAGGAAAAAAUAGUGUAGAUAAAUAUAAUAAUAUAAAACAUAAAAAUUAUAAAAAUUGUAAAAAUUUAACGAAUAAAUAUGAAACUAACAAUGCUUGCAGUAACUUCAACGAUAAUAAAGAUAAUGUUGAAAAACACCAUAUUGUUAAUAAUAUUGAUUAUAAAAAACUCAUAAAAAAUAAAAAAAUAGAUCAACAACAUUGGAAUAGCAUUUGUGCAUUUAUAAAAUUCAUUAAUAGUUAUGGUAAUCAAACUACUAAUAAAAAUGUCUGGAAUUUGAGGAAUGGAAAUUAUAUGAAACGCUCAAAUUCAUUUAGUUGUUAUGAAAAUAAAACUGUUUCUUUUGAUUAUGAAUAUGAUAAAAAUUAUUUAUCAGAUAGCUUUUUACAAAUAAAAGUUUCAAAAAAAAAAUUAAUUCAAAAAAAUAAAAUAUAUAAUUAUAGAAGUAAAACAUCACAAUUUUUUUACAACCAAUUGGGUGAUAAUAAAAGUUAUGAUAGUUUACCUUAUCAUUUAUAUCCAAACAAAGUUGACAUGAUCAAGUUUAAUAAAGCACACAUUACUAAUGACAAUAAAAAUUUCGAAAAUAAUGAUAAUAAAAAUUUCGAAAAUAAUGAUAAUAAUAGGGAUAAAUUGGAACAAAUUAACGACCCAGAAAAUGAGCAAAGUCAAAAAGGAAAUAGUUCCCAUAUACAAGAUUUGAGAAUGUUUCAAAUUAUAAGUCAUAAUAAUACAAAGCAUGUUGAUAAUUUUGAAAGUGAACACAAAUAUGAGGGAACCGAUAAUUCCAAAACUAAUCAAGGGGAUUCAAAUAAAAACAUAUGGAAUAUGCUGAUAAAUAAAUUUAGAAUUAAUAAAUGGAAAGGAAAUGUUAUUAAUAAAAAUGAUGUAAACAAAAAUGGAGAAGCACAUACAUAUAAAUGCAAUUCUACAGAUAGCCCUAAAAGUGAAAAAGAGGAAACUAAUAAAUGUACGUACAAUAAUAUAUUUGAUUGUGGUGAUACAAUUAACGAGUUUUAUAAUGAAAGAAAAUAUGAAAUAAUGCGAAAUUAUGUUUUAUAUAAUAGGAAGCAAAUGGAAAAUUAUUUAAACUACGAAAAAUGUAAUGAAAAAUCUAAAAAAAAAAAUAAUAAUCAUUCCGAUGUCUUUGAAGACAAUCAAGAAAAUAACAACGGUCAUAACAACGGUCAUAAUGAUGGUCACAAUGAUGGUCAUAAUGAUGAUCACAAUGAUGAUAAGCAUUUGGAAAUGGAAAAAAAUAAUAUUAACCCCUAUAUAUAUUCAACUAAAUCGAGUUCAUACGAACACAAAUCCAACAUAGAUGGUGAUAUUCUUAUGAACUCUGAUUCGAAAAAUGAGAUAAAAAUACUAUUUAACGAAUAUUAUAUAAAUAAUGAAAAUGUAAUAAAUAGCUCUCCAAAAAGUAAAUCAUUAAGUAGUUCAGAUAUAAAUUAUCAUAAGUUUUUAAUUCCAAACAAUAAUAAAAUGUUGACACAAAAAAGCAAUUCUUUUAGUAGAUUAAGUACAAAUGAAUUUGUAAAUUUCCCAUUUGAAGAAUAUAAUGAUGAAAAUAUAUCUCCAUUAAUCAACCAAAGUAAUAAAAAUAUAAUAAUAACAGAAAAUGAAAUAAAUAAUAAUUUUAUAAAAUUAGAAAAUGAAAAACUAUAUAAUUCGUUUAUAGAUGAUAUCAAUAAAUUGGAUUCAGAAAAUCUAACAAAAAUAAAUGAUGAUUUAAAUAAUACACAUCAUAAUAGUGAUAAAAAAAAAAAUAAAAUUUUACCAAAUUAUGAAAAAUUUAUUGCAAGUGUUAAUUAUUUUAACAGUUUAUCAUCACAAAUUUAUUAUCCGGAUGAAUUAAUGAAAACAAUUCCGAUGGAAAAUAUUAAUGAACCCAUUCUAAAUAAUUCUAACAAUUUAAAUGUUAAUAAUAUAUUAAUGAAAAAACAAAAAAGUUAUAACAAAAAUGAUUCUAGGGAAAAAAAUGCAAACGUAAAAUCGUUGGUCAAUGAUUAUUUAAAUGUUAUUGAAAAUACAAACCCGGUUCAAAAUAAUAAUAAAGGUGGAAAAAAAAUGACCAAAAUAAUUUCUACAAAGAACCCAUUAAAAAAUUACAUAAUAAACAGUAAUAAAAAUGAAGCGAGUUUAAAAAAAAAUGCGAAACAACAUCAACAUGUACAACAGCUAAAACUAAAUAAUGAAAAUAAAAACUCAAAAAAUAAAAGUAAUGAUAAAAAUAUAUUAAAAAAAGAUUUGAUUGGAGGAAACACUGGAAAUAGAAAGGACACAGAAAAAAGCGACAAAAAUGAGAAAAAUGAAAAAAAUGAAAACAAUGAAUACAUAACAUUUAGCAUGCGAUGUAACGAAAAUAAAAACAUUAUUAAGGAACUAAUAAGAAAUCGAAAUAAUACAUUAAAUACAAAUAUAUCGAAAGGAAAUGUUUCUAAUAAAUCUCUAUCCUAUAAUGAUAUAGAUGGUGAAUAUGAUGGAAGUCACAUAAAAACAACAAUAUUAAAUGCCAAAAAUUUAAAAAAACAUAUAUUAAGUAGCAGAGUAAUUAUAUAUUCAAAAGGAGCUUCUUUAACAUUUAAUGUUGAAGAAAUAAAUAAAAAUAGUAUUUAUUUUUAUAAUAACGAAGAAAUUGACAUUGUAAGUGGAAACAAUGCUAUUGAAUUUAAUUCGAACAACACCAAUUCUGCUACAAAUAAUUCUAACACUACUAAUGCAAAUAAUAAAAGUAAAAAAAAUGUUGAUGAUCCUAAUAAAGAUCUACAAAAUGAUAUAGAAAAUAGUAAUAUAUAUUUCAAUUAUGCCCAUAAUAUUAAUUUUAGCGAUAAUAAUAAUAAUAACAACAUCGAAUUAAAUAAAAUGAAAAAAGUUGUUACCCAAGUUUUUAAUUAUGAUUAUAAAAAAAUUGUUAAUGAAAUCAGUUUGUUUAAUGAUAAUAUAAAAUUCCAAAUUCCCAACUUAAAGUAUAAAUUUAAAAAAUAUACACAUUUGGAAGAUGAUAAAAAUAAAGGGAAAAAAAAACAAACUUAUCAACCCCAAUUAGAUAAUCAAACAAGUCAUUCAUAUACUGACCAUACCAAAGACCAAUUAAAUAAUACUAUUAAAAAAAAUAAUGAAUACAACGAUGAAAAUAGUUUGGAUGAUAAAAAUAGCAAUGUAAGUAAUGGCGAUGUAAAAAAUAGUAAAAAAGGUAAACUCAAAUUAAAGAGUAGUAAUAAUGAUAAUAGUAUCGAUUGGUAUAAAAAUGAUGAUACAAAAAACAAUACUAUUAAGAAAAAAAAUAAAGGAAAAAUUCCAAAAAAUAAUAAAAAAAAUAAUACUAUUAAUUUGGAGACUAGCAAAAACUUAGAAAUUUCAGAUAAUCACAAUUUUUCUGAAAAUGAUGAUCAAGAUAAAACAAAAAAUGAAAUUUAUUAUUCCAAAGAAAAAAUUACUACAAAUAAAAAUAUUUUAAAACCUGAAAUGACGAUAAUAAGUAAUCAAAUACGAACUGAAAAAUUAAAAAAAGUAAAUAAAACUCAACCAAAGCAUGUUACAAAAAAUAAUACAAAAGGUCUUUCCGGUAAUGACAAUAUUAUUAAUAAUGAUUAUAAUGAUUAUAAUUCUUUUAAAAUUGUAAAAAAAAUAAAUAAUAAUAAGAUUAAAAAAUUAUCAAAUAAUGGAGAUGGCAAAGAAGAGAAAGAAACCAGCAAUCAGCAACAAAAUGAAUAUAAAUUCGAGUUAGAAAAAUUAAAACAUGAACAAAAUAUUAUCAUCCCAAAUGACAUGACUAAUUUAAGUGAUCAACUUGAUAAAAAAAAUGACAUACUCCCAACAGAUAAUAACAUGAAUCAUGUUUUAAAAUCCAAAGAACAGAAAGAUAAAAAUAGUGAUCAUAUUAAACAAAAAUAUAAUUAUAAUAGUAGUGGUAGCACUUUUCUUCCAAACGAAUUCGAUGGAAAUAAUAGUGGUGAACAAAAUCGAGAAAGAAAACGAAAAUAUUCAAAUGAUGAUAAUAUUGUUGGUGAUUAUCAUCUUGAUGAUAAACAAAAGAAAAAAAUUCAUAAAAAAUAUAAAAAAAAUAAAAUAGACAUAACAAAUAAUAAUAAUAAUAAUACAAGUCAAGACGAGGACUCUUCUGCUGAUGAUGGAAAUUCGAACAUAUAUGAAGAGGAUGACAAAAGUCAAAGUGAUCAAGAUGUAUAUAAUAAUAAAAAAAAUAAACAUAGAAAUAUUUCGAAACAUUGGAAUAAAAAUUCUUAUAAAUUAAAAGAGAGCCGUCGUUCAAUUACCCCAGAUAGAAAAAGUAACAGUAAAGAAACAAAUUCCCCAAUUGAUAAUCAUUUACAAGAUAAAGAAAGCAAAGAUGAUAGUGGAUUCUUUAUUGUUGAUACGAGCACCAGAAGUAAGAGAAAACGAUGUAUAUUAGAUGAUGACGAAGAAGAGACAGACUAUAAACAGCUAAAUUGUAAUAAAGAAGAUGAUUCAAAUGAUCAUAAAAAAAGAUGUUACGAUGCAAAUAAUAAUGAUCACAAUGAAAGUGAAUAUAGUAAACAUGAAAAAGAAGAUUAUUAUUAUAAAGAUAAAUAUUACGAUGAUAAAAAAUAUCAUAAAAUUAAAAGAAAAAAAUCGUACAGUAAUGAUAGCCAAAGGAAUAGAUCCCAUGAAAAUUAUUUUGAAAAAGACGAAUAUGGUAAAAGUAAACACUAUGGUGAUAAAUAUUAUGAUGAUAAAUAUUAUGAUGAUAAACAUUAUGGUGAUAAACAUUAUGAUGAUAAAUAUUAUGAUGAUAAACAUUAUCGAUAUAAAAAAAUGUAUCAUAAUAAUACAUUUAAUAAAAAUGAAAUCGAUAAAAACAAAUACUAUAAUAGAAAUACAAACCAACAUAAUUAUUAUGAUUAUUAUCGUCGAAAUAGUUACUCAUCCUAUAGUGAGAAUAAUGACGAUUCUGAUGCCAGGUAUUAUUAUAAUAAUAAAAGGAACCGAGAUGAUAAAAAUAGACCAAUUAUUGAAAAUGAAGAAUAUCGAGAAAAUUUUUAUCAUAACCACCAUAAAGAAUAUAAUGAAUAUCGUUCUAAAGGUUCAUUAAAUGAUAUACAUAACAAUAAAAUAUACAGAAAUAAUAAUAAGAGUAUAGAAUCAGACAAAAAAUAUAAAGAAAAUAAAUAUAAUAAAUCAUAUGAUAGUAGUACUAAUUAUAAAACUCAUAACCACGAUGAUGCUAAUAAUGAUAAUGAUGAAAAAGAGACCAAUCUUAAUAAUAAAUAUGAUAAAUUUAACAAAAAUAAUGGAACUGAUGACAAUAAUAACAAUGGGGAUAUUAUCACCCAUAUGGAGGACAAUGAAAAAGAAAAUCGAGAUAGUAAAAUUCGAAAUCGAUCAAUGACUAAUGAAGAUAAUAAAUAUGAUAAUAAUAUUAUUCAUGAUAUAUCUAAAAAAAAGGGUAUAAAUAAAGAAGACACAAUAAACCCUAAAUAUUAUAAAAAUAAUAAUCCAUAUUACUCAGAUAAAUACGAUCGACACAGUAAUAAUAAUGAACAAGAUAAAAUGAAUAAACGAUUUAGCAAAAAAUAUGAUUUUAAUAAGUAUGAACAUCAAAAUGAAAAUAACAGAUAUGAUAAAUAUAGCCAUACUAAAUAUGAAAAUAAUAGAUAUGAUAAAUAUGGCCAUAAUAAAUAUGACAACAACAGAUAUGAUUAUCAUCAUAAGUAUAAUAAUAGUAGAAAUGAAGAUCGUCGAUAUGAUCGGAAUGAACAUUAUAGAUAUGAUAGGAGCGAGUAUCAUAAUAAAUAUGAAAGAAAUGGAAAUAAUUAUGAUAAUAAAUAUAUACAUAAUAAUAAUUAUGAAAAAUAUCCAAAUAAAUACAACAAUAGUAGUAAUAGGUAUAUAAUAAAUAAAUACGAAAAAAAAAUAAAACAUGAUGACGAAGAAUUGCUUUCUAAUAAUACCACUGCACCUCCAAAUUCAGAAGAAAAAAUUAAUACCAAUAAAACUUAUAAAGCCGAAGACAAUUUAAAGAGUAAAAAUACCAAUGAGGAUAAUAAUAAUAAUAAUUACUACAAUGGAAAUGGACACCCUAUCGACAAUAAUGAUAACAACAAUAAAGAUGAACUUAAUAAAUAUAACGGGGAAAAACAUGAUACUGAAAAAAAUAAUGAUGAAAAAAAUGAACAUCAUGAGCGAAAUAGUGAACGGAAUGAUGAUAAUAAUAAUGGAGACAUAACAAGUGGUGGUGAUUAUGAAAAAAAAUAUCCAGAUUAUAACAAAUACGAAAAAGAGCAUUAUCCAAAAAGUGGUAGUAAAAAAACUUUUUAUCAUCAUCCUGAAAAUUAUUAUAAAAAUAAAUACACUGAAAAUUAUAAUGAUGAUGAAUAUCAUUAUAAAAAAUAUAAUAAAAAUUAUGAUUAUUAUGGAAAUGGAGAAAAACAUAACAUGAACAAUAAUUAUAACAGAAAUGGGGGGCAUCAUUUUCAUACUUAUUCAAAUAAAAAAUUAAUUAAUAAAAAUUACAAAAACUAUUAUCAACAUAGAAAUAAUAGUCCAACAAGAGAUGACAUUAUAAAAAAUAAAAUGAGAAAUGAAAAAUUUGCAAAUAUAAACAAUUCGAAAUAUGGAAAUAAUAUCCAUAUCAAACAAAAUCGAAUACACAAAUUUUAA